GUCUCUUCCUUCUCUUCAACUUUAUUAUUAUUUCCAUUUCAAACCUUAUAGUUUAGCAUUUACAACUACAACUACAACCACAAUAAUGGUAUGUGAGAAUAAAAAGAGAAGUUCUACAGGGAACAAUCGCGUACGGUGCAUGUGUUGCCAUGUUUCGGAAGACACCGGGGAAAUAGCUAGAUGUACGAGUCGUUCAAUUUAGAAGCUUAUAAAAGUGAUGGGGACCAACCUUUGUUUGGUGAUGGUAGCGAUACAGAAAUCUCAUUGCAAUGCAUAAAGCAAAUCAAUACUGGCACGAAGCCUGGUUCUUCUCAAUAUAAUAGUAAUGAUUUGAAAGUGAAGUUUGAGUCGGAGAGUAAGUUGGAGCUAGAGGCAAAAACUGCACCAGAGGCUGUACCAAAUGCUAUACCAAAUUCCGCGCCAGAGACCGCGCCAGAGGCUGCAAUAACAGCUCAAAACACCCUUGAGACAUUGUCUGAGCCAAACGCUGAGCUUGUGCCAAAGACUGAACUCAAGUCAGAGCCGAGUAAACAGUAGGUUUACUUGUGCAUGGCGUCAAUUUAUUUUUUAUUGUUGGAACUGGGUCUACUGUUUUUUAACAUUGUAAAAUAUACACCAAAAUUUUCAAUAAAUCCUUGUAAUUUAA